UCGGAUUGUUUUUAUCGCAAUCGAGGGGAUUCAAUUCCUUCAUUCAACUCAUAAGCUCAACCCAAAAAUUCUUCUGGUAGAAGUAUGCCGCGACGGCGAGACGAGUAUGAAGACGACGUAGAGGACGAGGAUGAGGAUGACGCCAUUGACGACGAAGAGGACGAAGAUUAUGGCACUAGCCGUGGCGGCGGCGGUGGAAGCGACCGUAAGAGGAGGAGAUCUGAUUUUUUUGACGAUGCUGCGGAGGAGGAUGAAGAAGAAGAGGAGUACGAAGACGACGACGAAGAUUAUGGCGGCGGCGGCGGUGGCGGUGGUGGUGGUGGUGGUAGCCGUCAUCGAGGUGGGAAAGCAGCAAAGAAGGCAUCUGGUGCCGAUUUCUUUGAGCUCGAAGCUGACGUCGAUACAGAUGCUGAAGAAGAAGAGGAAGAGGAUGGGGAAGAUGACUUUAUAGUCAAUGAGAGAGUUGAUCUACAUGAUGAAGAGGAUGCUAGAAGGAUGCAUCAUCGUCCUUUGCUUUCACGUGAAGAUGACCAGGAAGAUGUUGAAGCUCUUGAGAGAAUAAUUCAGGAGAGGUUUGCUAGGAAUCGUACUGAGUAUGACGAUGAUGAUGCGACAGAGGUUGAACAGCAAGCUCUCUUGCCAUCUGUUCGUGAUCCGAAGUUGUGGAUGGUGAAAUGUGCGAUUGGUCAUGAGAGAGAGGUGGCUGUAUGCUUGAUGCAGAAGUGCAUUGAUAGAGGUUCUGAGUUGCAGAUCAGAUCGGCUAUUGCUCUUGACCAUUUAAAGAACUAUAUCUACAUUGAAGCAGACAAAGAAGCCCAUGUGAAAGAGGCUUGCAAGGGUAUGCGUAAUAUAUAUACUGGCAGUAAGAUUUUGCUGGUCCCCAUAAAGGAAAUGACUGAUGUUCUAUCAGUUGAGAGCAAAGCAAUUGAUCUUUCUAGGGAUACUUGGGUCAGAAUGAAGAUUGGAACAUACAAAGGGGAUCUUGCAAAGGUUGUGGAUGUGGACAAUGUGAGGCAGAGAGUUACGGUGAAAUUAAUCCCAAGGAUUGACUUACAGGCUUUGGCAAACAAAUUGGAAGGCAGGGAAGUUCCAAAGAAGAAGACAUUUACCCCUCCGCCACGCUUUAUGAAUGUUGAUGAAGCUAGAGAAAUGCAUAUCCGUGUUGAACGUAGGCGGGAUCCAAUGACUGGUGAUUACUUCGAAAAUAUAAAUGGCAUGAUGUUCAAGGAUGGCUUCUUAUAUAAAACUGUAUCCAUGAAAUCAAUAAGCACUCAGAAUAUACAGCCAAGUUUUGAUGAACUUGAAAAGUUUCGGCAACCUAACGAAAACGGGGAUGGCGACAUUGCUAGUUUGUCGACGCUCUUUGCAAACAGAAAGAAAGGACAUUUCAUGAAGGGUGAUAGAGUUAUUGUGAUCAAGGGAGACCUAAAAAAUCUGAAGGGAUGGGUGGAGAAAGUUGAAGAAGGCACUGUUCAUAUUAAACCGAAUGCAAGUGGCCUUCCAAAAACUCUUGCUGUAAGUGAAAGAGAGCUCUGCAAGUACUUUGAGCCUGGGAAUCAUGUGAAAGUUGUCUCUGGUGCACAAGAAGGUGUGACUGGAAUGGUUCUAACAGUUCAGGGGCAUCUGGUAAAUCUUGUGUCGGAUACUACAAAGGAAGUUCUACGUGUAUUCUCUGACAAUGUUGUGGAGAGUUCUGAAGUAACCUCUGGCAUCACCAAGAUUGGGGAUUUUGAGCUCCAUGAUCUUGUCCAACUUGAUAAUUCAAAUUUUGGUGUAAUCAUACGCGUAGACAGUGAAGCCUUUCAGGUUCUGAAGGGUGUUGCAGAUAGAGCAGAAGUUGAACUUGUUAGGUUACGAGACAUUAAAUACAAGAUUGAUAAGAAAAUAUCUGCUCAGGAUCGUUUUAAGAACACGGUAUCAGUGAAAGACGUAGUUAAAGUUAUUGAGGGUCCAUGCAAGGGGCGACAAGGUCCUGUUGAACAUAUUUAUAGAGGAAUUCUGUUUAUAUAUGAUCGUCACCAUCUGGAGCAUGCAGGGUUUAUCUGUGCCAAAUCUCAAUCAUGUGUAUUGGUUGGCGGCUCCCGUGCGAAUGGUGACAGAAAUGGAAAUCCGUUGCAAUCAAGAGUUGCUCAGUUUAGGACUCCCAAUCGACUUCCACAUUCCCCGGGUAGAUCUCCUAGAGGAGGCCCACCACUACCUGGUGGGAGGCACAGAGGUGGAAGAGGAGGGAAAGAUUCCAUAGUUGGAACAUGCAUCAAAAUUCGGCUGGGCCCCUUCAAGGGAUACAAGGGGCGGGUUGUUGAUGUUCAUGGCACAUCAAUUCGGGUUGAACUGGAGUCACAAAUGAAGGUUGUUACAGUUGAUCGUACUCAUAUCUCUGAUAAUGUGAAUACUUCGACCACAUAUCGUGACACACAGAGGUACGGUUCUGGAAGUGAGACACCUAUGCAUCCUUCACGAACCCCACUCCAUCCAUACAUGACACCGAUGAGAGAUCCUGGAGCAACACCUAUUCAUGAUGGCAUGAGGACGCCUAUGCGUGACCGUGCGUGGAAUCCAUACACACCAAUGAGUCCUCCAAGGGAUUCUUGGGAAGAUGGAAACCCUGGUUCUUGGGGAAGCAGUCCUCAGUAUCAGCCAGGAAGUCCUCGUUCAAGAGCAUAUGAAGCACCGACUCCUGGUUCAGGAUGGGCCAAUACUCCUGGUGGAAGUUACAGUGAAGCUGGCACUCCAAGGGAUACUACCCCUGCUUAUGCUAAUGCUCCAAGUCCUUACAUGCCGUCGACACCUGGUGGACAGCCACCAAUGACACCAAGUUCAGCAUAUUUACCUGGUACUCCUGGUGGCCAACCAAUGACUCCCGGAGGUGGUGGGUUGGAUAUGAUGUCACCUGUUGUAGGUGGAGAUAAUGACGGACCAUGGUUUUUGCCAGAUAUAUUGGUAAAUGUACGCAGAUCAGGUGACGAUGCCGUCAUUGGCGUCAUCCGUGAAGUGCUCCUGGAUGGUGCUUGUCGAAUAGCGCUUGGCACAAGCGGGAAUGGAGAUACGAUCACUGCAAACCCCAACGAGAUCGAGGUGGUAGUACCAAGGAAGUCUGACAAAAUCAAAAUAAUGGGUGGCGCCCAGCGUGGGGCGACCGGUAAGCUGAUUGGUGUUGAUGGUACGGAUGGAAUCGUUAAGGUGGACGACACACUUGAUGUUAAGAUAUUAGAUAUGGUAAUUCUAGCCAAGUUAGCUCAUUCGUCAUAAGUGUAACCUCCCGGCUCCCUCCCUCCCUCAAGUUUGUACAUUAUUAUUUUGGAUUUCGAUAAAUGGGUGUUAGUCUGUCUGUCGGUCUAAUGGUUCAUUAAUUGUUAAUUUUGGUCUGUAUGAGAUGUGUUCUUUGAAUUAAGCUGUACUUCCAACCCCAUGCUCGGAAUAUAUGAUCAAGACACGUAAGUAUCCAUGGC